GGCUGCUGAGGGGCGAGGCCGGGCGGGGGAGUGGGCCUGUGGCCCAGCGGUCGUCUGGGGGAUCUGCAGCUCCGCCUGCUUAAGCUGAGGGUUUUUUUUUUUUUUUUCCCCCCUCCUGUGCUCCUCUCCUGAAGACAAACCAUUAGAAAGAUACUCGGUGGUUUGUAUUUUGUAUGAGGCUAAAGUUUGGAGGGGAAUGGCAUUGGCACCCACGGCCACAAGGAUGGGCUACCUGAAGCUGCUGAUGGUGAAGGACUUCAAGUCCUGGCGAGGGGAGCAGCUUAUCGGCCCCUUUAUGAGAUUCAACUGCAUAAUCGGGCCCAAUGGAUCAGGAUGAAAAUCUUCGGCCACAGGACCAAGACAGACUUCAAGCUGCUGAGCUGCCAUUGCUUCUGUAAUGGAAGGAAAAUCUAACAUAAUGGAUGCUGUUAGUUUUGUGCUGUGUGAAAAGAUAUCUAAUUUGCGAGUUAAAAGUGUUCGAGAGCUAAUUCAUGGAGCACAUGUUGGGAAACCAGUUUCUUCUACAGCAAGUGUAAAGAUAAUAUACUGUGAAGAAGAUGGGGAAGAAAAAACAUUUUCAAGAGUUAUCCGUGAUGGUUGUUCAGAAUAUAUUUUCAAUGAUAAAUCUGUUACUCGGUCUGCAUACAUAUCUGAGCUUGAAAAAAUAGGCAUACUUGUCAAAGCUAGGAAUUGUCUUAUUUUUCAGGGAACAGUAGAGUCAAUUGCAAUGAAGAAGCCAAAAGAAAGAACUCAACUUUUUGAACAACUCAGUAAUUCAUGGCAAUAUGCUGAGGAAUAUGAAAGAAAGAAGAAAAAAAUGCAACAAGCGGAAGAGGAUGCACACUUUAAUUAUAACAAGAAAAAAAAUAUUGCAGCAGAACGCAAACAAGCAAAGAUAGAGAAAGAGGAGGCAGAGCAUUACCAGAUGCUUGUCAAAGAACUGAAUGAAAACAGGAUGCAGAUUCAACUUUUCCAGCUUUAUCACAAUGAAAGAAGCAUUGACUCUCUGAAAGAGAGUUUGGAUGAAAAGAAUAUGGAGGCUAGUAGCAAGAAAGACUCCCUUUCUACAGCAGAAGAUGCCUUUAGAGCAAAGAAAAAAGUGCUUGGUGUACUAAACAGAGAUCAACAACACAUAGAAAGAGAAAUGAAGACUCUUCAGGCAUCCCUGAUUCAACAGAAAGCCCGCUAUAUAAAAGCGAAGGAAAAUACUUCCCACCAAAUCAAGAAAGUAGAAAUGUCUAAAAGAUCUCUAAGGGACAAGGAGAAAUACUGUGAUAAGGAAAAACAGAACAUAAAAGAACUGGAGAUAGAAUUGUAUGAUACUGAGAAGGCAUGGAAAGAAUUUGAGAAGGAAACUGAAGAGGAGAUAUUGCUGAGAGUAGAACAUGUUGAGCUGAGAGAAAGUCAGCUGGAGCGCUAUAAAGAGCUAAAGGAUAUAGCAAGAAGGAAAGUAGCUACACUAAACCAGCAGCUAGGUAAACUUCGUUGGGAGCAAAAAGCAGAUGAAGAAAGGAUGAAACUUUUUCAGAGGAAGAAAAAAGAAGUUAAGGAAACCAUUACACGAACUGUGGAACAGAUAGAAGAGUAUAAAAAAAAAGCAGAGAAGUUGGAAGAAUAUACCAAGAAAUGCACUGAGUCACUGGCAGAAGAAAAAAAGAAGGAGGAAAUGCUAGCUAAGGAAAUGGAGAAUUCAACAAUACGAAUAGCUGAAGUGAAUGAAGAACUGAACAAAAUAGUUGGUGAACUACAGAAUGCCAGAAUUGAUUAUCAUGAGGGAAAGCGUCAGCAAAUGAGAGCAGAGAUCGUUGAAAGUCUUAGAAGACUGUAUCCAGAUUCUGUGUUUGGAAGAUUGCUUGACUUGUGCCAUCCUAUUCAUAAAAAAUAUCAGCUUGCUGUUACCAAAGUAUUCAGCAAAUACAUGACUGCUAUUGUUGUUGCCACUGAAAAAACAGCAAGAGAUUGCAUUCAGUUCCUAAAACAAGAACGAGCUGAACCUGAAACUUUCCUUGCUUUGGAUUACCUUGAUGUCAAGCCCAUCAAUGAGAGGUUAAGAGAGAUAAAAGGAGCUAAAAUGAUCGUGGAUGUUGUGCAAACUCCAUUUGCUCCAUUGAAAAAAGUGAUUCAGUUUGUGAGUGGGAAUGGCUUGGUCUGUGAAACAGUUAAAGAAGCAAGACAAAUUGCAUUUGAUGGACCAGUGAGAUUGAAAACGGUGGCACUUGAUGGAACGUUAUUUCUGAAAUCUGGAGUGAUUUCUGGAGGAUCUAGUGAUUUAAGAUUUAAAGCUAGAUGUUGGGAUGAUAAAGAAAUAAAUAAAAUGAAAGAAAGAAGAGAUAAAUUGAUUACCGAGUUGAAGGACUUAAUGAAGAUCAAACGUAAGGAGACUGAUUUGAAACAGCUGCAAGCUCAACGCCAUGGAACUCAGACACGACUUAAAUAUUCACAGAGUGAACUAGAUCUUAUUAAAAAGAAACAUCUUGCUAAUCUCUAUAUGGAAAAGUCAAAGCUGGAAAGUGAACUAGUAAAUACUGAGUCUCAGCAUGAGAUGAUAAAUGAAGGAGUAGUACAAAGAAAAAUAAAAAUGGAAGAAUUUCAGAAGCAGAUUAAUGAGGCUGAAGAUGCUGUUUUCCAGGAAUUCUGUGAAGAAAUUGGCAUUGAAAAUAUACGUGUGUAUGAACAAGAACAUGUGAGAAAACAAGAGGAGAUUGAUAAGAGAAGCCUACUUUUAAGCGUUGGCUUGAAAUGCUGUACUUUGACUAGAUUGGAGUUUGAAAAUCAGAAGACGCGACUAAGUGUUCAGCUGGAAUAUAAUCGUGAUCAUCUACAGAAACUAACAGAUACAGUCAGCAAGUUAAGGGAUACUAUUCAUAAAGAUGAAUCUGAGAUUACUGGACUACAGAAGGAUGAGGAAGAGCAUCUAAAAAGGGUGAACGAAAUUGUGGAGGAGGAGCAGCAUCUUAAGGAUAGAUUAAGUGCUCAGAAAUCUGAGGUUAUUAAAACCCAAAGUGAAGCUGAGGAGUUGAGAAAAACGUUUUUAACUCUUAAUAGGGAAGCUGCAAAAUUACAAAAGGAAGCUGCAGCUAUAGAAGCUUCUCUGGAAGAUAAAAGAUUAAGAAGACAUAAUAUGCUUCUAGAAUGCAAGGUGGAGGACUUGAAAAUACAUCUCCUAUUUGGAACAUUGGAUGACAUCAGUGAAGUAGAGCUAGGAAUUGAAAUGGAAGACACUGAGACAGCAGGUAUCUAUGAAAGAGAAGAGGCAAUUAAAAUAGACUACAGUAGCCUACCUAAAGACCUGAAGGACCUGGAGUCUGAUAAAGAGAUAGAGGCUCAUCUGAACCAGAUGCAGCAGGAAAUAAAAUCUAAAGAGAAUAUUUUAAUGAAAACAGCUGUUCCAAACCUGAGAGCAGGAGAGAAGUUACAAAUAGCUCGGGCCAAGUUCCAAGAAUCAAUGGAAGCUUUUGAGUCCAGCAGAAAGGAGGCCAGAAUAUCCAAGCAAGAAUUUGAAGAGGUGAAAAAAAGGAGAUAUGAACUUUUUAGCCAGUGCUUUGAGCAUGCAUCUGUAGUUAUUGAUCAGAUCUACAAGAAACUCUGCAGAAACAGUAGUGCUCAGGCAUUCCUUAGUCCUGAGAAUCCUGAGGAGCCUUAUCUGGAAGGCAUAGGCUUUAACUGUGUGGCACCGGGAAAGCGCUUUAUGCCAAUGGACAGUUUGUCAGGAGGAGAAAAAACUGUGGCAGCUCUGGCUCUUAUAUUUGCUGUCCACAGUUUUCGUCCCGCACCAUUUUUUAUUUUAGAUGAGAUAGAUGCUGCCCUGGAUAACACAAACAUUGAUAAAGUAUCAAUUUUCAUUAGGGAACAUGCACAUAAACAGGCUCAAAUGGUAGUUAUUUCUCUGAAGGAAGAGUUUUAUUCCAAAGCAGACGCAUUGAUUGGAGUGUGUCCAGAGCGUGAUGACUAUAUGUUCAGUCGAGUGCUGACUUUGGAUCUUACUCAGUAUCCAGAUGAUGAAGAAGAAAUGGAGGAUCACAAACACAGUUCUUUAGAGUAAAACAUGGAUGGAUUCAGGGCCAGGUGGCAGGCAGAACUGAGUUUACAGUUGACUGUUAAAAAUCUGAGUUUGAAUGUGGCCAUUGGUGGUUAAUAGAUAAAAAUUUAUAUUUCAAAAAAAAAAAAAAAGCAUUUUCUUCAGGUUUUUGUUUGUUCUGCUGCCUUAAAAUGAAUGAUAAGCACAUUAUUACAGAGCAAAAGACUUGUGUUUUUUUUUAUGAGAAGAAAUAUGUUUAGUUGUAUCUCCAGCACAUGCCAACACUGGACUGAUCUCAGACCUUUACAGUCUCAUUUUUAUGUUGCAGCUGCCUCUGUUUGCAUUCAGGUGAGAUUAUUUCCUUUUUUGAAAAAAAUAACAAGAUACUGGAAUAUGGCCGUUGUCUUGUAUGACUUUUGUGAUGACUGUAAUACUUCAGUUGUCCACUGUAGCAUUAUAAAAAUAGUCAACUUUACAAAAGCUCAUCUUAUCUCUCUAGAGGUUUGAUGUAACCUGGAAGAAAUUCCCAAGGCAUUCUCUCCCUUACAAAAUGGGGAAGAAUAAAACAGGUAUGAUGCAGCUGCCAGAUCAGUAGCAGCCUUAGAAAAAAGCAUCUUCUAUUAGUUUGCAGUUGAGAAGACUCUUAAUAUGUAGCUUUCCCAGUGCAUUCAAGGUGGAUGGCUGUGCUUCAUCUAAGAAGAACAGAUAAUAAAGUUGGUUACAGAACCAUAGUUUGAGAUCUAGAAUCACUUAAUCUGGCCUGUGUUGCACAUUGGUGUUUACUGAUGAGCUUUAUUUGGCUUGUGCUUGCUCGUAAUUAUUUCUUCUAUUCAUAUACUAGCUUCCUGCAGUGUACCAUGCCUAUUAUGUGCUUAGACCUUGUGAACUGUUGCUAAUACAGUGCUUGUUGCACACAACUGAACUCUGGCCAGCUCAGUUUACUGCAUAAGGAAGGACUGACCUGUGCAAACAGUAGAGUGUUCCUAGAGGAAUUCUACAAUGGCAUAAAUGUGUCCACCUAGCUGUAGACAAAUGUUUAUCAAAUAGUUACAUUGUUGCCUCAUUCCAUUAAAUAAAGUUAUUUACUCUGAACAUAAACCAUGAGUAAACUUAAUUCCUAUGUGUUAAUGUAUUAGGCAUGGCAGUGCUUUUAUUGGUGUGAAGGAUGAACAGAAGACAAGCAGACUCAUAGAGUUUUUCAAGGAUCUUUGAUCCAUGUGAGUCAGCACAUUGUAAAUAGAGAAGUUUUGUUUUUUAACCAUUUAUACAGAACACUUGGUUGAAAUAUAAAAAUACAGUAAAGAGUGAGUGAUAUUUAAAGGAAGGCAAAAGCUACAUGUAUUAGCUGCUAUACAAGAGUGGCUUUAAAUAUUCUUAGAGUUUAUAUCAUCAGAGGUGUCCUAGCAACUUCAUUACACAGCCUGAACAAAACAGGAUAAAUUGUCAAAAGAUUGCUCUCAGGCAGUAAAUAUCUUAGUCUAAUUAAAAAAAAAAUAAGUACAAAAAAAUAAUCCGUGGUGGACUAAGGAAACAUCAUUUAACGUGUCUAGUUGUGUGGUUAGUUCUUUCACUGUAUCCAGGUAAUUUGAAAAGGACUUUAAAACAGUAUGUUACUCUUUCACGUUAUUGAUAAAUGGAUGAGACAGAUUCCAGUUUCUGUCCCUUUUGACUGUAUUCUAAGCAUUACAUGUAAUGGCACACCCAUACAUGGCAGCUGAACUCAUGCAUCUAGUGCAGUGGUUUAGACAAAAACUGAGAGAAAGUGUACCAGCAUGGCUCCUCCGGUUAUGGCACAUGGAGGCAGAAAGCAUGGUAGUAAACAGACCAGAAAUUUCAAAAAUGGCAUCCAUUACUACUUACCUGCCCUCAGGCAAAGACUAUAUGCAACAGUCCAACAUAAUGAAGAAAACCAUUCAUUAAUUCAAUGGCUGCAUGCCAAAUAACAUGGCCAAAUAAAGACAAUAUAUCUUUAAACACGGGUUUAUGGUCAUCUAUGGGAGACUUACAAAACUAUAUUAGAGAAUUAGGUAUGAAAGAAGCAGUCUCUGAGGAUGCCUUUGAAAGUCUGGAUCUGAUGAAAUUUUCAGCAAGAAUGAGAGAUCUCAUCCUGCAACAAGCUCCACCACACCAGUAAGGUACUUUGGUAUCCAUACUAAACCCCCUAGAGGCCUCAGAGGCCAUAAUACAACAGGCCACUGAAUUGGUGGCAGAUCUGGGGGAGACAGAGUGCCUAUGGGCCAG